AGCAAUAAAUGUUACAUCUUGUUAAAAGCCAUCUUCAAGAAAAUAUACAUCAGAUAUAUUGAUGAAUGUUCCACUUACUACUAAUCAAAACCAGAUCUAAACAGGUGGGUUUUCAGCCUGGAUUUAAAGGAACUCAGUGUUCCAGCAUCUUUGUGGUUUUCUGGAAGGUUUAUGGUGCUUCUCCCAUGUUUGGUAUUUAUGUGUCAAAUUUUAACAAACAAAAAACAAGUGAAAUGAGUUAUUUCUUUAAAAAAAAUAAAGGCUGUAACAAAAGAUGUGGAAAAAGUGGAUAGUAGUGAAUACUUUCUGGAUGCACUGUAACCUCACCCGUUUUAAAACUCUUAUCUGACAGUGCAUACUGCAGUACAUUUCCUACCCACACCAACAGUGCUGUCGGUGCAGGAAUCAUUGGGCUAACACUGAAUGGAAACCAACAUCAAACAGUCACUGAAAGACAGCCAGCUGCCUGACCUGACAUAAAGGCCUGUGUGUAUUUUGGCAGGUGGUUUUGGGAUAAAAAACCUGACGUGUCUCUGAUAAGAAAUGGGUCUGUGCGUGCGCCACGUUGUCACACAGAAGCUCGGCUGCUGGGUCAACCCUUCAUUCAUUCUUCUUUUACAAGAGACGGAGGACGACACCCGAGGUCAGCCAUGUCUGGACUUAACGCAUCACUCGGGUACUUCCUGUCAGUGGUGGUUUUCGCAGUCUUGGUCCAAACGCUCCUCAGAAAAUGGCCUCGGUUUAGCUUUGUGUCCGAGUUCGCCGCCUCCUUCAUGCUGGUGGCGUGCUGGCUGGAGAUACAGACCAUCGUGGAGGUGGGCCAGUGGGCCGGGGGCCUGGGCCAGGAUGUGACCGUGACCAUGCUGUUUGUUCUGCUGCUGACUCACGGCGUGCUCUGCGCCGGAACGUCGGGGAACCCCAGCCUGGUCGUGCAGAAGUUCCUGCAGCUGGAGGCCGGCACUCUGCCCACGGCGCUCACCGUCACGGCCCAGUUCGCUGGGGCUCACCUGGGCCUGCUGGCAGCCAGGUACUACUGGAGCCUGGAGCUGACCGACAUGCACAUGAUCAAAAACCUCAUGUCGAGAGAAUGUGGCACGUCCCUGCAGGUCUCCGUGGUUCAAGGCUUUUUUACCGAGUGUGCCUGCGCGUUCAUCUUUCAUCUCAUCCAGUUGAAUCUGAGGCGCAGAUCGGCUCUGAUCCGGGUGCCCCUGAUCGCAGUUCUACUCACUUUCUUCUCUCAUGUCGCCAGAAGCUACACCUCUGCUUUCAUGAACCCAUCUCUGGCUUAUGGACUCACCUUCCACUGUCCUGGAUUUACCUUCAAAGAGUAUGCAGUGGUCUACUGGCUGAGCUCUCUCACAGGGAUGAUGUUGGCCCUUCUCCUUUACAUGGGCCACAUUCCCAGGCUUUUUGCCAGGAACCUUCUGUAUUUCCAGAAGACACGCUUCAGAGUGCCGAAAGGAGACAAACAUGAAAAGAAGAAAAAGUGACAGAUGGUAAUAAAAAAAAAGAGACUAUUACAAGAAAUGGUUAGAAGAGGUUUACUUUAACUGAACAGCAAUGGAUGAUGCAUCAUGUGAAAUAUUUGGAAAAAAUGUGAAAGAAAAUUUUUUUUUAGCUUCAUCUUUGUUGUCUAUAUUUAGACAAAAAAAACUUGUGGAAAAAAUGCGCAAUUUGCAGCAUGUAUUCAGUGAAAUAAAUUAAAUGAAAAAAAAAAAAA